GACGUUGCAGUAAUUUUGCCACACGCGUGAUGGCGCUGUUUGACGCAUUUAGCACUGGUCCGUACGGAAACGAAUCUCGAAAGAAACAAGAAUUGCAUUGCAGAGUUCCGCACAGGGAGAAAAACAGCCAAUGCAACCCUCCUCCACAGCUGAUAACGGAUCGAUCAGUGAUCAACCGUGCGGCUGCAGGAGCGGGUUAAUCGGCCGUGUUGAAACCUGGAAUACGCAGCAUUAGCAACCAUCAGUGCAGAUCACGUUUUAGCCGAAAGCAUGGGCACUGUUGCGGGUGUGAUGACAGCCUGGUAGCAAGCUAACCUGUUGUGUUGUGGUCUUGUGGUGGUGAUGGAGAAAAUCGAGGAGUCGUCGCCUUUCCGGAUCACCGCUACCGUCCGGGCGCUGAGCUCCGCGCUACGGGGGAAACCUGAACACCUCCCCGAUGUCAACGACCGGGGUGACGGCGACAGGAUCACCGGGGAGCCGGAGAAGCUGUGGUUCAAGGAGAGCAGCGCUAAAAACCUCCGAAACAGGGAUUUCUUGUCGCCGACCACGAUGCUAAACACGCUGUAUGCGGAGGGCAAGGUCCCUCCAGCGGUGAUGUCCAGGGUGCUCUCCCUCCGUGGGUGCGGCGUCCUCCCUGUGGCUGGCGGGGAGGUGAUGGGGGAAGGCCUGAGGCUGAGGGUGGACCGGGCCGCAGCCUUCAGGGCCGUGCUGGCAGACGGAGCCGCAGACUAUCUGAAGCCCUCGGGUGAGAGGCAGGGCUGUGUGGUGCUCAACUGCCCCGCGCUGCACCCUAAACCCAGCGUACCCACCCCUGAUACACUGACUCUGGGCCAGCUAAGGACUGUGCUGCUUGCUGACCACAUGGGGGCGCUGCUGAGGAGACAGGGAUUUACAGUGUCCUACUGCCCUGUGCUCCCCGAGGACAGCGACAUCAUCGCCUUCCUCCGAACGCUGGGCGUCGAUUGGCCGACGGCCCCGGGCAGCUUGACCAACGAGGAGAGGGAGGAGAAGAUCCAGGAGGCGCUGGAGAAUUCGCCGUACAGAGAGAGGGAGACGGAGAGAGGCAGGAGGAAGACCGAGGAGGGCGAGAACGAGGGAGCGCUCAGGGUGAACCUGAAACGAGUGUUCCAGGAGGAGGGGCUGCUGGGAUACGACCCCAGCCUCGGCACCUGCACAGUACACAGAGACAGUGUUUCCCAUCUGGCCCAGCUGGACCGAGCCACAGCCGACUGCACAGUAUCCAUGACAACGGCUUGCCAUGUGACUUCCUGUCAGGAUGAGUUCCGCCAGCAGCAGAUAGCGAUGCUGUGGAGAGCCAGUGGAGCGACGCAUACACAGAGACAUCUGGUGUGUGGGCCAGUGAAGACGCCGGGGUCUCACCUCACUGCUGCACAGUACCUGCAGUUGAGAAGAGGUCAGAUGAAGGAGGCCUCAGAGAUGAAGUAUGGAGAUCAAGUAGAAGGCCAGACGUGGGAUGACAUCAUCAGGGUCAUGACCUCUGCUACUGUCAGAUUUGAGUUGCUGUCAACCGUACACACCAGUCCUGUGACGCUGGACGUGCAGAGGGAAGGGGGCGUUUCCACCAAAGGGCCGCGGGGAGGUGUGUUUGUGAUGUAUAACUGUGCCAGACUGCACACUCUGUUCGACAGCUACGAGAGAGGAGUGGAGAAGGGACUGUACCCAGAAAUUCCUGAAGGCUCACAGCUAGACUUCUCCGCUCUCAAAGAGGAGGGCGAGUGGCUUCUCCUGUUCAAUUACCUCAUCCCGUUCUCCGAGCUGCUGGACCAAUCAGGACAGGCGCUGGACUGUGAAGGAGGAGGAGCCAGAGUGAAUAUUAAGACUGAGCAGGUCUGUAAGUUCCUGGUGUCUCUGAGUAAAGACUUCAGCUCCUAUUACAACAGAGUUCACGUGCUGGGGGAGCCGUUGCCUCAUCUCUUCAACCAGAUGUUUUGUCGUCUGUACCUGUUGAGAGCGUUGAGAGAGCUCUACCACAGCGCCCUGGACACCCUUAACCUUCCCCCUAUCAGGCAACUAUAGCCCUGACACCAUUCACUUAUCAUGUGAUCACUAUUUGGCAACUACAACCCUGCCCCGCCCGCCUCAAAAAUACUCUUGACCUCUCCCUUAUUUGACAGCCGUAGCCUCGCCAGACAUACCCUUCGUCCUCCUCCUCAUUAGACGUCAGUUUUUAGCUGCACCUUGUAAGAUGCCUCCUCACCUGCUCUCUUUGUGACAGUUACCACCCACGAGGUACCUAAAUUAGACAAAUAUAGACCCACUUUGUUUUUACUUUCACACCAUGUGGCAAAUGUAGCUUGUUAAAGUCCCCCUGCUAUCGGCUUGCAUUAUUUUUACCUGGAAAUCGUGUAUUUUUAAUGGUGACCUCAUGCCGCACCAGUAGGUGUUAUUAAAAAUCCAGCCAACAAAGCCCUCACAAACGUUUGAACAAUCCCGCCCCUUCACCUGUCCCAUCAAAUGAAAUAUUCUCGGCCCAUGCCAACAUUAUGUCCCACCCCAAUAUCCCUUUUUAACAGGAAAUUCAGAAAAUCAAGAGAGAGAUUCCAACAAAAUCCAGAUUUUAAGGGAUUUACGUUUUGAACCAAAUGUGCUGGUGGCAACAGAUCAAUGUUUUUGAAAAUUUGCACAAUCUUUCCGUGGUUUGUCAAAGACAGUGGCCCUGGUCCUGGAAGUGGCUUUCCCAUAGGCUAAAUUAAAUUGAAAUAUGUUAGGAGUUUUUGGAAAUCUGAAGGACUUUAUUACCCAGAAACCCUAUAACCCUGUAUCUAUGUGUGGAGAGCAGCUUCUGCCACUGACACCAGAAAUUCGUUUGGACAAUUAGAGAGAAUCUACAGCUCUCCCCCUCUCUCGGUCUGUUGCAGCCGUACAUUGUGCUCCGACAUAUAAGACGGGGGUAUUUUUUCGUUAAAAUGUUGCUUAGUGCAGCGUUAAGCGACUUGAGAUUCUAGUUAAAGGUCCUGUGCUGUCCCAGUUAGUUUAUGACUGCUGCCCCCUGGCAUCUGACCCCUUUAUGACUACUCUAAUCCCCUGAAUGUACAUUUAUUAUCUCCCCAUACCCUUAAACCUGUUAUGGCCUUUAUACUGUAUUACUGCUGUCCUAAUUAGCACGAGUAACCACCCACAAACUGCACCAGACACCCGAGACUUCUACCCUUUACUGUGAUUAUAGUGCCAAAUCUCCCCAGUUUGACUAGUCCCACUUAGAGUCUGAGGCUUAUAUAACUUUGUAAACUGCCUUAUUGUUGUCACGGUAACCCUCCACCCAAAUGUCACGAGUAGCCAACCCCUUUUGAAAGACAGAUCAGUGUCCUAGUCACUGCCCGAGGACAAAAUAGUAGUUUUUAUGAGCCUCGUUCACAUUAAUUGUACGUUGCACACCUUGUACUCCAUAGAAAUAUUUAUUGGUUAUUUGACGGUUUUAGAAAAGAGAAUUGUACAGAAUAUUCCUUCUUCUAUGAGUCUAAUUGCUGUACUCGGUCUAGUCACUCAACAGUUAUCUUGCUUGAAAAAUGCCAAAUGUUUGGUAUGAAGUGACAUGUGCCAGUAAAUGACAGGUGUUCAUAUUAAGUAAAGGGAAGGCACAGAACAUGAGCAGUAUUCAGGGCUUUGUGCCACACCGGGAGGAAAUGCAUGAAGCAGCAUGAGGGAGAUAUGAAUAUAUGAAGAGUUUUAUGCCAAAAUGUUAUUUAUAAAUUUUAGGAGGGAAACUGUCAUCACCUGAAAUCGAUCAGUCAGUCAGUCUCAAAUACAGAGAAGCCAUGAUGUGAGUGUUGCCAUGGUGUCAACCGAGGACUUAACCGGUUCUCCUCUCAAAUGUGCUACGACUUGUUUUAAUUUUGUGCUAUAAAUUAUUUUGUAAGUAAGUGUCUUUUUUUUUUAUUUUUUUUUAUUUUUUUUCAAAUGUUUCACGUCUUAUUUUGAAGCCAAACUGUUCAUAUGUACAAUACACAGAGAAAAACGUCAUACACUUUGUGCUGCAUGCAGUGUUGUUUGUUCUCCCGGAGGAUGUGACUUUAUCGGGCCAUGGGAAAAGGGUGAAGAACGUUUCAAACAUCCUGAUUUUGAUGAUUUUGAUGAAAGAAAUUCCCACUAUGGCUGCAGGGGUGAUGCAGGACGAGGGACCUAACGUCAGUCCGACUGUACAUAUAACAUGUCGUCCCAUUUUAGCUUUCAGCAGAGGUUUUAGCAGGGAGAGUUUGGCCAGUGUUGGGUUUUUUUUGUUUGUUUUUUUUGACAUGUUGCCGCCUUGAAGGCAUCAGCAAAUAUAACCCUUUUCCUUCCUCUUCUUCCAUUCCUCCCUCAGUAUCUCUGCUUAAACAGCUCUUAUGUAUUUACAGUCUUUUUCUUAUACAGAUACAACUUUUUCUGCCCCGUUUUUUAAUAAGCGGUGGUCCUGAGAGUGACUUUCUCGUUCGCUUUUGUCCAUCGACACGUCAGCAAAUCAGAAAAUCCAGUUUGAAGUCUUGCACUGAACUGACCAGCUCAUCAGAAUCUCAUCAGAAAAGUUGAUUAUACAAAAAGGCAAGGAUGUGAGGCUGUGAACAUUAUGUGUUCAAAGACACACAGCACUAAGAGUGAUACUUUCAACACGACGUGAUAAAAUAAUAUAAUAGUGAUGACAAUCUUUUAAUGAUUCGAAUCAUAAAAAAAAAGAUACUUUGCUCUUGUGUGGCGAAGACGGCCUCUCCAAUUAGUAGGAAGUGGAAGUUUUUCACAGUUUCCAAAAAAAGCUGAAAUCAGAUUGACUGACGGCUUCAACGGGAACACAAGUUGCACAGUCUGACAGCUCUUUGCACGCCAACGUGGAAAGCCGCCGUUAAAACGAGUAAUGAUCAAAUUCACUGUGAGAUGUGGGCUUAACUAAUCAAAUUUCACUUUCUUUGCGUCCCUCUCUUCCUGCCUCUGAAGGUAUUUUAACUGAUUCAGAGCGCUGCCGGCAGUUUUGGCCACCACAUCUCCCGUCACGUCUCACACGGGGCCUUGACAUGAAAACAUGAGAAAAUAUAACCCUGUCAGACUCUAUCUCCGCUUAUAGGUGUAUCUCCCAGUCUGUAUAUGUCAAGAAUCUAAAAACAACACUGCCAGCUCUCCGUAUGCACGUCCCCUCACUCGGAGUUUCGGUGUGUUUUCCGCGUACACACAAACAAGAUAACCCUGUCAGACUCUCUGCACGCACUCUGUGCUGUGUCUCUGCAGCGAGUCGACCGUCUUCCCUGCUCUCGUCCGACAGACACACACACUGAUGUUGUUGUUCUCUAGAUAAAUAACUGUGCUCACGCUCCACUGCUGCCCUCUGCCCUUUGGGCCAGCGCAGACCCCAAGUAAAGACACACACACACACACACUGCAUGGAUAUAUAUAUAUUAUACUGUAUAUGCUCCUAACAGCGAUCCGUCACUGUAGAUAAACCUUGGUAAUGUGACGUGCCGUUUGUCUUUACCACGUUUUUUCUCUUUACAUCCCCUCCUCGCCCCUCAUUUCUAUGCAUCGUCUUUUAUUUCCCUGCUACUCAUGGAUCAUCUUUACUCUUUUCCUCUCCCGCUCCCCCUUUUCCCCCUGCAGCUCUUUUCAGUUUCUGCAUUACAUCACAAACGAAAACUAGUUUAUUGAUACCAAACAGCAAAGGUGUGAGAGCCGGGUUUGUUCUUUUCGAAAUGAUCGCACAGUGAAAUUCAGGACGAAGCGAAAGAGUGUUUUGUCUCUUACAAAUGAGCUCCCUUAUCUCUUCUGUAAGUACAGAACAAUGCCGGAGUGUGUGUGUGUGUGUGUGUGUUGUUUGCCUGGGUUUGAAAAUCUGUGUUUACCCGAAGCUCCUCGCUGCAGUUUUUCCACAGCUGAUACCGACUGUCAAAACGACAAAAUCUGGGGGAAGUGAAUGUGUCUUCUCCACAGAAAAUGCGGACCGAGCUAAUUUGUUGUGCGGCUGAAUCGAUAAUCCGACUCUGUUCCUCCACCGUCCCACGCUGUGUGAUCAUACAGUGAAUACAGAUGCAGAAAGUCUGACUGUAUACACUGUGUCAGUAUGAAACCUGGUAUAUAUCUGUUUGGUGAUAGAUAUUCAGGAAUAAUAACAUUCUCGACAGUCAUUCUUUGUUUUCAGCGCUCAUCCACGUCUGUGGAUUAGA